AUGAAAGACCUUGGUAAUCUCAAGUAUUUUCUGGGCAUUGAAAUCAUGAGGUCCAAAAUAGGCAUACUUCUCAAUCAGAGGAAGUAUGCCCUUGAACUUAUAUCAAACAUUGGUCUUAGUGGUGCCAAGCUAGUGAGCACACCAUUGGAAGCAAAUGUCAAACUUACAACAGUAGAAUAUGAUGAGUUAACUGGGACUACUAAUGAUUCUUUGUACAAGGAUGUUACAGCUUAUCAAAGAAUAAUUGGUAGAUUACUAUAUCUUACCAUUACCAGGCCUGAUAUUAGUUUUGCCGUCCAAGUUUUUUCACAAUUCAUGCAAAGGCCUAAAAUAUCACAUUGGGAAGCAGCUCUGAGGUUGGUCAGUAAAAAGAGCUUGGAACUUGAAGCAUUUUGUGACUCAGACUGGGCAGCAUGCCUAAACACAAGAAGGUUUGUGUCAGGUUACAUGGUUAAACUAGGGGAUUCACUGAUUUCCUGGAAGUCAGAAAAGCAGCACACAGUGAGUAGAAGUUCUGCAGAGGCUGAGUACAGGAGUAUGGCUGGUGCAGUAGCAGAAUUACUUAGCUGGUUGAGGUGUUAA